AUGCAGGCCAACAAGUUGCCAACCAAUCCCCGCGAGUCGGCAGGUAUUUUGUCCUCGCUAAUGUUCUGCUAUGCUCUCCCCAUACUGUUCAAGGGGCGGAAAAAGACCCUACAGCCAACGGAUCUGUACAAUCCACUCGAAGAGCAUAAAGCAGAAAGCCUGGGCGAUCGCUUCUUUCGAGCCUGGGAGGAUGAAGUGGAGGCAUGUCGCCGCAAGGACUCGCGCCGGGAGCCCAGUGUCCUGCGGGUCGUUUUCCGCGUCUUUCGCUGGGAACUCUUGCGUUCUGCCGUGUUGAUUGGCGCUCUAGAGCUGGGCACGAGGGCCACUGUUCCUCUGAUCCUGGCUGGACUUAUAUCCGAGUUUAGCAAGCAUGGCGAAGGCAGCAGCUUAGCCGCACAGCUCUAUGCUGUCGCUUUGAUCCUGUGUGUGCUGUCCUGCGUGCUCCUCACGCAUCCCUAUAUGAUGGGAAUGAUGCAUCUGGCCAUGAAGAUGAGGGUGGCCGUCAGUUGUGCCAUCUACCGUAAAGCUCUCCGCCUUAGCCGCACUGCCAUGGGCGAUACCACUAUCGGUCAGGUGGUCAAUCUGUUGUCCAACGAUCUGAAUCGCUUCGAUCGCGCCCUCAUCCAUUUGCACUUCCUGUGGCUGGCUCCGGUGGAGCUGAUGAUUGCCGCCUACUUUCUGUAUCAGCAAAUCGGACCGGCCUCCUUCUUGGGCAUUGGCAUCCUGGUGCUCUACUUGCCCCUGCAAACGUAUCUGAGCAAAGUCACCUCCAUGCUGCGCAUGCAGACCGCCCUGCGGACGGACCAGCGUGUGCGAAUGAUGAACGAGAUCAUUUCGGGGAUACAGGUGAUCAAGAUGUACACCUGGGAGCGGCCGUUCGGCAGGCUUAUCGAACAGUUGCGCCGCAGCGAGAUGAGCUCCAUUCGUCAGGUGAAUUUGCUACGUGGCGUUCUGCUGUCCUUUGAGAUCACCCUGGGACGCAUUGCCAUCUUUGUCAGCCUCAUGGGGUUUGUCCUUAUGGGAGGUGAACUCACAGCGGAGCGAGCCUUCUGUGUGACGGCAUUCUACAACAUUCUGAGGCGGACAGUGGCCAAGUUCUUCCCCUCUGGAAUGUCACAGUUUUCCGAACUAUUGGUCUCGCUGCGCCGCAUCAAGGCCUUUAUGCUGCGCGACGAGCCCAAUGUGGAUCAUAUGCCGUAUCAAGUGGAAGAAGAACCCGCCGAAAGCCAACAUUUGCUCACGGAGAAGGAGCAGAAUUCCGAUCAAAUCGGAGAUGGAUAUAAGCCCGAUGUUCUGGUGGAUAUCAAGGAUUUGAGAGCACGCUGGAGUCCAGAGCCCCAUGAGCCAGUCCUGGACAACAUCAACAUGACACUGAGACGCCGGCAAUUGGUGGCCGUCAUAGGACCAGUGGGUGCUGGCAAAUCCAGCCUCAUCCAAGCCAUUCUAGGAGAACUGUCUCCAGAAGCGGGAGGUGUCCAUGUGCAUGGCAGAUUCUCUUAUGCCUCCCAAGAGCCGUGGCUAUUCAACGCGUCCGUACGGGACAAUAUUUUGUUCGGUUUGCCCAUGGAUAAGCAACGCUACCGCACGGUUGUGAAGAAGUGCGCCCUGGAGCGAGACCUGGAGCUGCUGCAUGGCGAUGGAACGAUUGUGGGCGAGCGUGGAGCAUCGCUGUCGGGUGGCCAGAGGGCGAGGAUCAGCCUGGCCAGGGCUGUGUAUCGCAAGGCGGAUGUAUACCUUCUGGACGAUCCUCUCAGCGCUGUGGACACCCAUGUGGGUCGGCAUCUGUUCGAUGAAUGCAUGCGGGGAUUCCUGCGCCACAAACUAGUAAUUCUGGUCACCCAUCAGCUGCAGUUCCUGGAGCAGGCCGAUCUGAUUGUGAUCAUGGACAAAGGAAAAAUCACGGCCAUCGGUAGCUAUGCGGAAAUGCUACAGAGUGGCCAGGAUUUUGCUCAACUCUUGGCAGAGAGCACCCAAAAUGAGGAGAGCGGAGCUGGCGAUGCGGAAAAAAAUAAGUCACUCUCCCGCCAGAGCAGCACUCAAAGCACGGGCAGUGCCUCCUCCCAGGAUUCGUUGAUGCCACAGGAAAAUGAUAAACCGAAGCCGAGUUCGGUGCAGGUGCAGGAGUCGCGAAGUGGCGGCACGAUCGGUCUGGCAAUGUACAAGAAAUAUUUUGCAGCGGGCUGCGGGCUGCUAACGUUUGCCCUGCUGGUAGUCCUGUGCGCUGGCACACAACUCCUUGCCUCUGGCGGGGAUUACUUUCUGUCCUUUUGGGUAAAGAACAAUGCCACGUCUUCUUCUUCGUUGGACAUUUACUAUUUUGCUGCCAUUAACGUUUCGCUGGUGAUUUUUGCUAUGCUGCGCACGCUGCUGUUCUUCAGCAUGACCAUGCACUCGUCCACAGAGCUCCACAACACCAUGUUCCGGGGUGUGUCGCGCACGGCAUUGUAUUUCUUUCACACAAAUCCCUCCGGAAGGAUCCUCAACCGGUUCGCCAUGGACCUUGGGCAGGUGGAUGAAAUAUUGCCCGCCGUAAUGCUGGACUGCAUUCAGAUAUUUUUAACGCUGACGGGCAUCAUCUGUGUGCUGUGCCUCACCAAUCCCUGGUACCUAGUCAACACCAUCGCCAUGGUGCUAGCUUUCUACUAUUGGCGGGAGUUCUACCUCAAGACGUCGCGAGAUGUAAAGCGCCUUGAGGCGGUGGCACGCUCGCCCAUGUACUCGCACUUUAGUGCCACGCUCAACGGCCUGCCCACGAUCCGGGCCAUGGGCGCCCAAAGGACACUGAUUCGGGAAUACGACAACUAUCAGGAUCUGCACAGCUCCGGCUACUACACGUUCAUCUCGACCAGUCGUGCCUUUGGCUACUACUUGGAUCUGUUCUGCGUGGCCUAUGUGGUUUCGGUGAUUCUGAAUAGUUUCUUCAAUCCGCCAGUCGGCAAUCCCGGCCAGAUUGGCCUGGCCAUCACCCAGGCCUUGGGCAUGACGGGAAUGGUUCAGUGGGGCAUGCGACAGUCGGCCGAGCUGGAAAAUUCAAUGACAUCGGUGGAGCGUGUCCUCGAGUAUAAGAAUUUGGACGCAGAAGGCGAUUUCUCAUCGACAAAUGACAAACAGCCUCCUAAGAGUUGGCCAGAAGAGGGUCAAGUGGUGGCCAAGGAUUUGAGUCUGAGAUAUGCGCCCGAUCCCGAAGCGGAUACCGUGCUCAAGUCUCUGAAUUUUGUCAUCCAACCGCGUGAAAAGGUGGGCAUCGUCGGACGCACGGGAGCGGGAAAGUCCUCCCUGAUCAAUGCCCUGUUCCGACUGUCCUACAACGACGGAUCCAUUCUGAUCGAUAAGCGAAACACGAAUGAGAUGGGUUUGCACGAUCUGCGCAGCAAGAUCUCAAUCAUUCCACAGGAACCGGUGCUAUUCUCAGGAACAAUGCGCUACAAUUUGGAUCCCUUUGAGCAGUACCCUGAUGAUAAGCUGUGGCAGGCCUUGGAAGAGGUGCAUCUCAAAGAGGAAAUCUCCGAGCUGCCGACGGGCUUACAGAGUAGCAUCUCCGAAGGGGGAACAAACUUCAGCGUGGGUCAGCGUCAGUUGGUGUGCCUAGCCCGUGCCAUUCUGCGCGAGAAUCGCAUUCUGGUAAUGGACGAGGCCACGGCCAAUGUGGAUCCCCAGACGGAUGGCCUCAUCCAGACCACCAUUCGCAACAAGUUCAAGGACUGCACUGUCCUGACGAUAGCCCAUCGCCUGAACACAAUUAUGGACUCGGACAAGGUUAUGGUUCUGGAUGCUGGCAGAGUGGUGGAGUUCGGAUCCCCCUACAAGCUCUUGACCGAGUCCGAGAGUAAAGUGUUCCAUGGCAUGGUUAUGCAGACGGGAAAAUCCAGUUUCGAGCAUUUACUUAAGGUGGCACAGGAUGCCCAGAAAAGCAUCGUCUAAUAUUCGCAGUCGAAUACCUCUACAAAACUAUAGCAGAUACGUGCUAAAAUGACAAUAUUUGUGUUCUAUAUGAAAACAGUUACUUAAGUGUUACAUAGUGUACUUAAACGUUUAAAAAGAAAUUAAAGAACAAAUAUAAUUUUCGA